AUGGAAGAAGGCAGAUGCUGGCUGCGUGCUGGGCAGCAAAAAUCGGGCCUGGCUGCGCUGGUCAGCGGUCUUGACCAGGACAGGCAAAGGGAUGCGGCCGCUGCACAGCCUGGCGACUCGCCGGCACCCUUCAACCUGAAGGUGCCAACCUACAUCCUUCUCUGGUAUGCCUUCAACAUUAUAUUCAACAUCCUGAACAAGAGCACCCUGAACGCGUUCCCCUGCCCCUGGCUCAUCUCGACGCUGCAGCUGGCGGCCAGCGGGCUGUUCAUGGUGGGCCUCUGGGUGACAAAGCUGCAGCCAGCGCCCCAGGUGUCCAGGGAGUUCCUGAUCGCGAUGCUGCCAGUGGGCCUGUUCCACACGGUCGGCCACGUGUCAGCCUGCGUCAGCUUCUCCCAGGUGGCCGUGAGCUUUGCGCACAUCGUGAAGUCUGCGGAGCCGGUGUUCAGCGUCAUCCUCUCCUGGCCGCUGCUGGGCAUUGUGUACCCCUGGUACGUCUGGGGCAGCCUGCUGCCGAUCGUGGCGGGCUGCAGCCUGAGCGCGAUGAAGGAGGUGUCUUUCAGCUGGGGCGGCUUCAACAAUGCGAUGAUAUCAAACGUGGGGAUGGUGCUGCGCAACAUCUACUCGAAGAAGAGCCUCAACGAUUACAAGCACUUCGACGGCAUCAACCUGUUCGGCCUCAUCUCCAUCGUGUCGCUGCUCUACUGCGCCCCCGCCGCGGUGGUUGCGGAGGGCCACGUGUGGGCGGGCGCGUGGGACGCGGCGGUCGCCAAGCUGGGGCGCGGCGCGCUGAUCCAGCUGCUGGCUGUCGGGGGCGUCUUCUACCACCUCUACAACAUGGUGAGAUGUCCUUUGCUUUUCUGA